UCGUAGAGUGGUCUGCUGCUGGACCUACUUGGGUAAUCUAAUCUGAGUAGUAGUUGUCGCAGCAGCAGCGAUAGCUCUGUGUGGACAGUAAAGGUUUGUUCGUGUGUCGCAGGUCAAAUAUUCCGGUUAUUGACGAAGCAGCGAUGUCUUCACUUCCAUAUUUGAGAGAUUUAAUCCACGGACGACUAACUGCUGCUGCUGAAGACAUAUUCACACACGUAGAAAGAAUCGUCGUCGUAUACGAGGAAGAGAUGAAUCGUCAGCGCAAACUGUUGGAGGUCGUUUGGAAACCUAAAGUCACGUUACAGCGGAUCGAUCUUCCACUGAAAGAUGUUCUUCAGGAGGAGGAGGAGGAGGAGGUUCUCUCUGAGCAGCAGCUCUGUAACCAGGAGAGGAACUCCAGUCUGGACCAAGAGGAACCACAGUCUCUACAGAUUAAAGAGGAAGAGGAGGAAAUCUGCACCAGUCAGGAGCAGGAGGCUGAUACCUUUAUGUUGACUCCUGAUACUGAAGAAAGUGAUCACAUUGAACCAGACACUGACCACCAGCCCCUCUCUGUUGCAGCUGAGAGUCAAGGUCAGACGGUCCACAUGAAAAAUAUUACAAAAGAAAAGCCCCAUAUGUGCGACAUUUGUAAGAAAUGCUUUUUGUUCAAAACGAGUUUGAUGAUCCACAUGAGAACGCACACAGGCGAGAAGCCAUAUUCUUGUAAUAUUUGUAACAAAUGUUUUGGGUACAAACAAUCCAUGAUGCUGCACUUGAGAGCUCACACAGGUGAGCUGCCCCAUAUUUGUAAUAUUUGUAAGAAAAGCUUUGGGCUUAAAGGUCAGUUGAAGAACCACAUGAGAACUCACACAGGUGAGAAGCCCCAUGAUUGCCACAUUUGUAAGAAAUGUUUUAGAUAUAAACACCACUUGACGAACCACAUGAGAAGAAAACAUAUUACCACUGACGUGACUGGUCUCAGAAUGUCUCAUUUAUUUGAAGAUUGCCAACGUGUUGGUGAAUCACUGCAGGCUUGACUCACUUUCAAAGUGUACAUCUAAAAUGUAAACUCAAAUCCAAGACGUUGAGUGCAUUGUAGCCACUAAACUUAUUAUUGAAUCUAUCUUGUGAAAGUUCAUUAUGUCUACUGAUCGUACUUUAGACUUUUUUGGUUCGUUUUUUAGACAUCAGUAAGUUUUCUCUUACCUUGUCAACCAGUUUCGGCGUGUAUCUUCCGCCUUCCACAGAACGGUCACCUGGUGUUAGGUGGUGACGUGCCUCAUCAGCUGUUGUUACCGAAGCUUGAUCUUACCUGACACACAUUACAAAUGCUAUACGUCACAGUAUUUGUUUAUUAUCAGCAGUGUCUUUAGAUUUGACUCAUUUGGCCCAUUUUUAUUUUUAUCCUUUUUAUAUGGUGAUUGUCCUGAUCAGUGAAACUGUGUUUCUUUAAAUACAUUAAUUGUCUUCUUCAAAGUCCUGGAAAUUAAAGUUUUAAGUUUGUAUUUUUUUGCGGAUCAAUAAAAGUUAGAAGUUG